AUGUCAGAAACUGUUCAAUUCUUCAAAAGAGGUGGUAACGAAGCCAUCAACAUCAACAAGCCAACUGGUACUGAUUUCCAUUUAACCGCUCGUGGUUCCGAUUGGUUGUGGACCAUCUUCUGUGUCAACUUAUUCGCAGCCAUUAUCUUGAUCUUCCUAAUGUUCAAGAAACCAGUUGACGACAGAUUCCUUUACUACACCGUUAUUGCUCCAUGUUUAUUUAUGACCAUUGCUUACUUCACCAUGGCUUCUAACUUAGGUUGGACCGGUGUCAAGGCUAAGUACAACCACAACAGAGUCUCUACUCAAACUACUCAUCUAGGUGUUAGACAAGUCUUCUACUCUAGAUACGUCGGUUGGUUCUUAGCUAUGCCAUUCCCAGUUAUCCAAGCUUCUAUUCUUGGUAAGACUCCUCUAUGGCAAAUGUUCUUCAACAUUGUGAUGACCGAAUUCUUCGUCGUCUGUAUGUUGCUAGCUGCUUUGGUCCAUACCACUUACAAAUGGGGUUACUUCAGUUUCGCUGUCUUCUGUAGUUGGAUUGUUAUGACCUCCAUCCUAACCACCACCAAGAACCUAUGUGUUAGAGCUGGUAACGAUGUUUACACUGUCUUUAAGAUCUACGUCUCUAUAAUCUUCUUCUUCUGGUUAAUCUACCCAAUCUCUUUCGGUCUAUCUGAAGGUGGUAACGUUUUGGUUGUUGACUCUGAAAUGAUUUUCUACGGUAUUCUAGAUUUGUGUUUCUUAUGUUUCUGUCCAUUGAUCUUCCUACCAUUGGCCAACUACGUUGGUAUUGAAAAGAUUGGUUACAACUUCCACCAAGAAGAUCAUGAAUCUGCCGGUGCCAAGUCUCCAGCUUCUCCAAAGUCUCCAAAGUCUCCAAAGUCUCCAAAGUCUCCAAAGUCUCCAAAGUCCGGUGCUGCUUCUCCAAAAUUAAAGAAGUCCAAGAAGUCUAAGAAAUAA